AUGGAGCCAGAAAAGCUUAGUAAUUAUGUUGUUCUUUUAAAUAUUUACAACAGUUGUGGAAAACAAAAAGAAGCUGCUUCUGUUUUUCAUACUUUAAAAAAGAAAGGUUUGAGGAUGUUGCCUGUUUGCACUUGGAUAGAUGUGAAGAAACAGCAGCAUAUGUUUGUUUCAGGGGAUAAAAAAUCAAAAUCCCAUGUUGAAAUUGUUAAAAAUUUGAAGAAAUUAAUGUUGGGAAUUGAAAAACAUGGUUAUGUUCCAAAGAAAAACACUUUGCUUCCUGAUGUUGAUGAAAGGGAAGAACAGAUGUUAAUGUUUCAUAGUGAGAAACUUGCAGUUUCUUUUGGGCUGAUGAAUACUUCAGAUUCAACACCUUUGCAUUUGGUGCAGAGUCACCGGAUUUGUGAUGACUGCCACCUGGCAGUUAAGUUGAUGGCUAAGCUGACUGGACGAGUGAUUGUUGUGAGAGAUGCUAGCAGAUUUCAUCGGUUUGAAAAUGGAAAAUGUUCUUGUGGUGAUUAUUGGUGA